AUGGCAAUCAACCGUAAAAGCACAAAUCAGAGCUUCGACUCAAGCCCAACUUUUGCAAAAACUGAAGACAAGAUCACUGAGUAUUAUAACCAAUUGCAUGAUACUUUAGAGAGCUUUGAUACAAAGGUAAACACAGUGAUUCACUCCCAUGAAAAAGACUUUCUCGGCGCCUUCAGGAAUAUCAUGGCUAAAGUUAAAAAAGAAAUGACAAAAUUGCGUGAGUUGACUGAUGAGCAAGCUUUAAUGAUUAAAAGAGACCAAGUUGUGCAAGAAUUACAGAAUUCUUUAUAUUGAUUUCAAAAUGAAGCUGUUAAACUUGGAGAAGCCUGCUCCAAAGUGCAAGCAAGAUACGACAAUGUUAAACAAAAAGUCCAUGGGCUUGAAGCAGAAAAUAUUGCAUUAGAGCAACAAGUAAAAAUCUUGAUGAGGCAAAAUGAAACAUUAAAAGAAAAUUUAGGAUUUAAAUUUGAAGAAAGCGAUAUAAAGCUCGAUCAUUUUGAAGAAAAAAAAGCAAAUUUAGAAACCGAUAUAAAAAAUGAAGGCUUUUUAACAACUUUAGCGCUGUCUUAUAAUAUUGAAAACAAAGAAUUUAUAGGAAAAAUUGAGGAUUAUUUAAGAAGUCAAGAAAUUUCUUUUUUGAGAACUUUGGAUCACCAGAGGAAAAUUAUUUCCAAUUUGAAAAAACAAUUAAGGGAAUUUACUUCUGAAAAAGCUAAAGGCUUUUUGGAAAGAAGUGAUUUAGAAGAUCUAUUUUUAGACUGUGUAGAAGAAGUAAGAAAAGAAGUCGUGAGAAGGAAAUCUAGAGAAAACUCUGAGAAAAGAAAUCGCCAGACUUUGCAAUCAAAUGUGCAUUUAACUGCAAUUGAUAAGCGGCUGAUUUUAGAAAAAUUCAUUGCAAAUGAGCAAGUUAUUGCAGUUCUCUAUGAUACUUUGUUUCCUUGAAAAGGCGAAAAAGGUUCUUCUGAAGCUUCACAUCCAUUGUUUACUCCAACACAGACGAAAGAAGAGAAAUCACCAAGAAAAGGAGGGUUGUUCCCUGAAGUUGAUAAUGCUUCAGUCUCAUCUCGAGGUUCCCAAUCGUCGAAAAAGCGAGGUGUUGUGGUGAACGGAAAAUUAUUGAUUGAUAAAACAAGUUAA